CCGCCAUUUGUACGCGCCAUCUGGCACUGGCAGUGACAAAGUACCGAAUAUAUCGUGAAUCCGCAGUUUCAUUGAGUUUCCUUUCGUCGAAGACUUUGCUAUCAUUCUUCUCGUGUUGAUGUUGAUGCGCGACAAAUCUCGCGAGCACGUAGCACGUCUUCGGGUGUUCCGAGGUUGAUAUUCGUUCUGCUUUGAAAAUUAAUUUAUCGCAAACCUAACCUCAAUUCUUGAUUUUCGAUUUGAUAGUCAUAUUCUACGGAACAUUAAAUUUGAACUUUUUAUCGUAUGAGAAAUUAAUAUUUAAUCCUAAUAUUCGACUGUUAAACUUAUUUUUUUGAUAAUACUUUUUUUAAUUAUAAAACAAAAAAAAGGAAUUAUUUUAAUGGAUAUUUCUAAGUAGAGAGAUUUUGUGUUGUGCUAUUAGUUCAGGAAUAUAUUCAUAGCAUAUAUUCAUAGAAUUUGUAAUUAAAGUUUCCAAUGAAAUGAAAACCCCAUUUAGAAUCUAUGAUUCUUUGUACAUAUUUAUUACACAAUAAUCCUUACUAACAUUGGUAUUGAGGAUGAAGUGCUUUCUGUAACAUUAGCAAUUUUGCUAGAAAUUGAUUGGUUCAAAGUUGCAGUACAUCAUAAAUGGAAAGGUGAUUAUAGUAGAUACUAUCAGAAUGCAUAGCAGCAAAACUGCAGCCGGCACUGAAUUUUUCAGCAAUUAAGAAAACAAAGGAAGAGUUAAAAAAAAUAAGAGAUGCAACUGCUUGAUAUCGAUAAAUUAAGAUUUUAGAUUUUACAGCAAAAAAAUAUACAGAAGAUAUCGGACUAAAAUUAGCCACAUGCUGGAGAGCAAGUUUAAAUGAUUCUGAAAAAAAUGCCAAACUCUGAAAUCAAUAAGCGGGAUCAUAAUUAUAGUGAAUCGGAACCACCUCAGAAUGCCAACAAUUCCGACAGUAGCACUAUCAAUAGGGAAUCCAAAAUGGCGCCUAUUGUGGGCCAAAUUAAGGAUAUCGAUGAGCUGAAGAAGAUUGCGCCACGCGUUCGACUACAAGAUGCUAAGAGCCUAAAUGAGUUGACAAGGAUCUCAUCCUUAAGUAACAAUAACAGUAAAUCACAGCAAAGCAAGGUGUCUGUUUCUGAAAGGACUCAGCAAGAAUUAAAAAAAUAUUGUCGUACUUGUGCUGGUUUAAAAUUACCCUUGGUGGACAUCUUUAGUGAGAAAGGUAUCAAAUUGCGAUUGAGCCAGCAAAUCAAGCAUUUGGAAGUAAAUCCUUACGAUAGCCUUUCUACGCAGAUGUGCAUGGACUGCAUCUGUGAUCUUAAAAUGAGUUACAAAUUCUUCAUGCAGAUCAAAAAGGCCGAGGUAAAACUCAAAUCUAUUCACGUCAACUUGACAACCGAUAACGUCACAAAAAAAGCGGAACCGAUUAAUGAGUCUUUGAUAACAAAACAGAUAAAGCAACCAUCCUCUUUAGAAACAAAGCAAGAGCGCCAAUCACUUUCCACAAUCCAAGAAAAUUCAUCUUUAUCAUCAACAAAGCAAGAAAGCCAAACAAUUAUGAAAAAUCAAGAAGACAACUCUGCUCCCAAAAUUUGUGCUAUCUUUUCAUUGAAUAACGAGUCAAAGAUGGAAGAGGAAGAAGCACGGGUGGGCGGAGGAAUCUUCGAGGAGAUAGCAGAGGGAGAGGACGAAGAAUCCAUCGAAGAAUUUGAUCCCGAAGAUCCGGCUUUUCAGGAAGAUGAAGAAGAAGAAGAAGAAUUUUCAAGAUCUCCAGCCGCUGUUUAUAAGUAUGAUAUGUUGGCAAAGUCUUAUGUGAGAGUGGAAGGAGGUGAGGAGGUAAUCUCCAUGAAAUCUGGGAUUUCCCAGACUUCAGAGGGUGAAGGAGGAGACAAUCAAAGAGAGGGAAUGAGACAACCAAAUAUCCUGAAAAGAAGAUUAUUGAUGUCAACAACAACGAAAAGUUGGGAGAAGGAUGAGAUGCAGAAUGAGGUGGAGAGUACUCCGAGGGAGUGCAAAGUGCAAAAGUUAGAUUUGAAUAAUCCACUGAGUGUAAACAAUACUCCACACGAGGACGGAAUUAUGUAUGUGACUGUAAAAGGAUCCAAACCCAACGAGAUUUUGUUGGUGAAGGUGAACGAAUAUGUCAAGAAAAUGGACAAACCCAUGGAAUCAAAACGUAUAGCAUCCUCCACCGAUCUCAAGCCCGUUGAACGUUUCCUCAAACGCUAUGAGCCCCUGGCAUCGCGGGAUUCCUUAUCUCGACGCUCUGAUGCCCGCGAGCAAAUAAUUGAGGAGCAAAUCGAAGAAUAUAAAAAGAAACGCGAGAAGGUCCUCGGAAAUCAAUCAGCAAAGACCUUUACCGUGAACGAGACGCAAAAAGAAGUACAAGAAGAAAAAAUUUGGACUACAUCAAGCCCCAAAAAGGUGGAAAAAGAAAUAAUAGUUUCAACAAAAGAAGAUGAAGAGAAAGAGAAGGAAGAAGAUGUGGAAGAAAGUGAAAAAGUCAACGAAAGUCAGGAGAAGGUUAAUGAUAGUACGAAGGAAUAUAUUUUGAAAUUAUCAAGAGAAAAACUGAAAUGGGAAGAGGCAAAGCAGAAGAAAGAAAGUCUGCAGAACCAGGAAUCAGACGAGACAUAUACCGAAGGCAAUUUAGAGAAAUUGAUGAGAAUCUUGGGAGAAAAGGAAAAGAAUUUGCAGGAAUUCCAGGAAUACUUGAAGCAGCGCAAGAUCGUUCUUACUCGUCUCAAGGACGAAGACGUAAUCUCUCUCUAUGAAGAACGUUUCUCUAUUACAUUGAAAUUACCUCCUAAACCCCUGCCGGAUGUUAUAGAGGUUCAAUCAUCUGUCAAUUCGCUUUCUAUAGAGCCUGAUCUGGAAUGUGAUUACUGUCCGGAAACUUUUUCCAAUCGCGAUAUUCUCGAAGAACACCUCAAAGUUCACGACUAUCGCAUCCUUCACUAUUGCGAUGACUGUGAGGAAGAAUUUCCAACUAACAAAGCGAAGAGAAAUCAUAAUGUUAUUUGUGUAAGAAAAUUAAUUUGCAAAUAUUGCGAUCUACUUUUGGAUUCCAGAGGGAAAAAACGUCAACAUGAGCAAAAACAUAUUGAUGCUCUUUAUGGACAACUUUGCGAAGUUUGCGGAGAAAGGUUCAAACAUCAGGGAACUCUGGAUCAGCACCUGAAAACACAACAUACGAUUUUAGAGAAAAUUUAUCAGUGUCCAAAAUGUCCAAAAAAAUUUGCUUUUAAGCAAAAACUAAGUUUUCAUCUAAAAUCGGUACACACAACUUUAAGAGCAUAUCUUUGUGAAGAUUGCGGUGCAGAUUUUAAGAAUCCUGCGAGUUUAAGGCAUCAUAGAAUCAGAAAACAUCAACCGGUCGGAAACAAGAGAGAAUGUCCCGUUUGCAGGAAAUUAGUGCCGUUUUAUAGUUUAUCCAAACACAUGCACACGCACAAAGCUUAUAGUAUUCAGUGCCCACAUUGUGACAAGAUGUUUAAAAAUAGCUCGACUUUGAAGCAACAUGUGAGGAUUCAUGAAGAUCAAAGACAAUAUCGUUGUGACACUUGUGGGGUUGGGUUUAAUCGAAGGGAUGGUUUGAGACUGCAUAUGAAAGUGCAUGAAAAAACGGGUAGUAGAGGCUUGAAAGAAUGUUCAUGCCAAGUUUGUGGAGAAAAAUUCCCGAAUCACUCCACCUUGGUGAUUCAUAGGAACAGAGUGCACAAGGAUGGCAGACAAUAUACAUGUCACAUUUGUAAUAGGUCGAUGAUUUCGACGAGAUCGCUCGAAUGGCAUAUGUCACAUAUCCAUAAUGAGUCGAUGCCAGGUGUUACUCGCGACGAGUCCGGUCCACCUGAAAAAAAACGGGUUUCCUGUUAUCACUGUAAUAAGACUUUCAAAACGGAGAUGAUAUUGCGUACACACAUCAAAAACACUCAUAUGGAAAAGGAUCCAAUGAAAUGCUCUGACUGCGACGAGACUUUUACAUCCGAAGUACGUCUACGGCAUCAUAUGAUGGUCGCGCACAACCGUCUCGAGGGCACUUUGGCGUGUCCCCACUGUCCGAAACGAUUCGUGAAUCAAUUAAGGCUAAAGACUCAUAUGAUUUCUCAUUCUGAGGAAAGGCCGUAUACUUGCGAGAUUUGCGGUUUCAACUUGAAGACAAAGAUCCAGUUGAUUAAGCACCAUCAGAAUCGACACAGCGAUGAGAGACCCUUGCAGUGCAGAUAUUGUUCCUGGCGGUGCAAGCAGGUGAGUGCCCUUGUCUGUCAUGAACGCACGCACACCAACGAGCGUCCGUAUUCGUGCAGUGUGUGUCGGCAGCGCUUCAAAUAUCUCGGCGAUAAAAACAAACAUGAGCGGCGUCACGAAAGCCUUGGCGGUUCGGGCUUCAAACGCAUUGUACCCGGAAGGAAUAUCAAACCAAAAGUACGCGCCGACGAUUCCUCUGGAUCCGAGCAAGAUCAGAGCUCAAUCAAGGAUUCUGUUAAUCAGCAGGACAUCCAGAUUGUUGAAGAGCAAUACGGAGAGCAACAGGAAGAGCAAUAUGAACAGGAAGAACAGAUUGUCAAAUUUGAACAAGAGCAGAUUGUGAAGUUUGAGGAUCCAGAAGAAUAUGAACAAGUGUAUGAGCAGGAGUAUGAAGAAACUUCGAGAGAGGCAUCAGAGGCUACAGAGGUGAUCAUGAACAUAGAGGAUUCCAAUGUGUACACGGAGGAAGUUACGGCCGACAAUAUGGAGCCUAGUCCUGAAAUCAUGACAGACGAAAUUAUGACGAACGAUAUUCUGCAAUCCGGUACCGCUGUAGUGCAUCUACAACGGCAGGACGAUACGGGGAAGAUUCAAGUGAUACCUGUGAUGCUAUCCUUGCCUGAUCUGUCUGACACGAAUGCCGAAGUUAAUCUCGCAACCGCGUCUAUCGUGUAUAACAAUUAGAUUUAAUGUUUUCGGUUUAUAGAAUCCUGUAUGAAUUGAAUGUACUCAUAAAAGAUCCCUGGAUCUUUAAGCCUUCAGAUCCUGUUUAACCUCUUUAAGCCCCGAAAGAUUAAAUUUUUAGUUUUUUGGGUAUGAUGGGAUACACAAGAAAUGCUAUAAAAAAUAUCAGGAUUUUUAUUUUAGCUUGAAUUUCUUUAUUUGUUGGAGAAAUAUUAUAGAGUCUAAGAAAUUCUCCAGGAUCUAAAAAACAUUCUGAUAUUUUUCUCAGAUUCUAAGAUAUUCUUGGAUUUAAGACAAGAUUUCUCAGAUUCUUUGGAUUUCUUCAAACUUUAUAAAGUUCUUGUAGAAUCCUAACUUUUAGAAAGAUUGCGAAAAGAAUCUUCAAUUCUUACAUCCUUAGUGAUCCCAUCAAGGCAGGAUAUAACAUAGGAUAUACUCUAUGGUAGUAUUCUAAUUCGGACCUUCCUCAUGAUAAGAACAAUGUUAGAACAAUUUAUGCAAUUUAUUUAGAGCAACUUAUAUCGAAGAAAACAAAAAAAA